CCACACCCCACCAAAGCAUGCCGAGACGACCACAACAGCCAUGACCACGCCCGAGAUAUCUCUGGGCACACGAGUCCAGGUCACCGCCGGCAUCGGCACCGUGCGGUGGACUGGCACCAACCCCGCCUUUGCCACUGGCAAUUGGGUCGGCAUCGAGCUCGACGGCAAGACGGGAAAGAACAAUGGCUCGGUGCAGGGCGAGUCGUACUUUGAGUGCGAGCCAGGCUACGGCGUCUUCGUGCGCAAGAGCACCGUCAAGCUAGCAGAGCCGGCAGCAGCGGCGCCGACCCCGAAGACGCCCCGCCCGUCGUCCACGACAAAAUUGACUUCAUCGCCGAGCGCGCCAGCGUCGCGCGUCGUAUCGUCGACGCCCAGCCGCGCGUCGACACCAGGCUCGAAGGCUACCCCGCGCCCGAGCUUGCCCGGCGCCACGCGGACCGUACCCCGCUCCUCGACGGCGACGACGACGACAACGCCGCCGAGGUCGGGUGCCGCGCCAGUAACGGCUGCCAGGCGCGCAACCCUCGCCGGACGGCCAGCGGCGCGCGUGAGCACCAUUGGUGCCACCUCGGCGCCGCAGCGCGCCUCGACAGCAUCGACGCCCAUCUCGGCCAGUCCGAUGCCACCGAGCUCGCUCCGCCCUUCCUCUGCGUCGCUGUCCGCCGCGUCGGCGUCUCGCGGCCCCACACCGUCCCGUGAACCAGGAAGCAUGCCCCCGCCAGCUGUUCCUGCACCCAGGGCGUCCAUGCUGCCUCCGCCGUCGCCGGCGCGGAGUGUCGCUCCCUCGCCGUCGAGGACGUCCACGCUCCCUCCCUCCUCCCCGGCGCGCAGCGUGGCUCCCUCACCGUCGAGGUCGGCCAUGCCCCCGCCUCCCGUGCCUGCUACACCUAAGCGCUCGUCCCGUGCCUCAUCGCUCGUGGGCGCCUCACCGCGUGGGUCCAUCGUGCCUCCUGCUUCGCCACGCUUGUCUACUAUCCCGCCCGUCUCGCCUUCGCCCCGCGUGCCCAAGGUCACGCCUAUAGUUCCACCGCCUCUGGAGACAACAGGACCAGUCGGUAUCGUGGCUGUUCAGACGCCGUCGUCACCCGCCGUUUCUGUCGCGUCUUUGAGGGCCGAGUCGCCGGCUUCGGCACUCGGUACCGAGACGGAGCGCGAUAAUGCGUCGCUCCGAACUGCCACCUCGCCUACUGCUUCAACAGUUACGCUUGGCCUUGGUGUUCCGUCCCCGCGCGUUGCUCGCGGCACUCACGGGCGGCAGCUCUCUACAUCAUCGAGUGCUGGUGCCCCCCCUGCACCCGACGUGGAAAUGGUUGCACUCAUCUCGUCGCAGAAGCGUGAGAUUGACGAUUUUAAGAUCAAGGUCAGGCUUCUGGAGUCUCGGCGAACAGAGGACCAGGAGCGGAUAAAGACUUUGGAGAAGAAGGCUACCGAUGCCGACCAGCUCCAGGCCAUUCGUGCCAAGUUGCAAACCAAAUUCCAGGAACAGCAGUCGGUCUUGGUGAACGCCCAGCGUGUGGCGCGGGAUCUGCAGUCUGACAAUGCCCGCCUCGAGUCCCGGGCUGCUGAGGCACUAGACCAGCUCGAGAUGGCUACCCUCGAUCGCGAGGUAGCGGAAGAGAAGGCCGAGGCUGCAGAGGCAGACAAUGAGCGCUUGGCAGAGCGGAUCGCCGAGUUGGAACUCGAGGUCGCCCUCGUCAAGGAGGAGAAUGCCGAGUAUGAGAAGCCCGUCCUUGGUCUCGAAGGUGAACGUUCAUCACUCGCCUACGUUCAGCUGGAGAAGCACAACGAGAGGCUCAAGGAAGCGCUCAUCAGGCUGCGUGACAUGACCUCCGAGUCGGAGAAGGAGCACCGCACCAAGAUUACAGACCUUGAGAAGGAGCUCAGCUCGCGCGAGGACGUCAACAGCCGCCUCGAGCUCGCCGAGUCCAAGCUCAGCAGCUCCGAGGCUCAGGUCGAGGAUCUCAAGCAGCAGCUGGACGACGCGUUGCACGCGGAAGAUCUUCUUGUUGAGCUCACGGAGCGCAACCUCCAGAUGUCGGAGCGCCUGGAGGAGAUGCGUGUCACCAUUGAAGAUCUCGAGGCGCUCAAGGAGCUCAAUGAUGAGCUGGAGGAAAACCACGUUGAGACAGAGAAGCAGCUCGACGAGGAGAUUGCUCUGUUGUCAUUGCAGCUCCGCGAGGAGCGCUCCAGAUCAGGUGAACUUGAGUCCAUCGUGGCCGAUAUGGAGACGACGAUCGGCCAGUUCCGCGAGCUUGUGGCGGGUCUCCAAAGUGAGAUUGACGGUCUGCGUGUCCAGCAAGCAACGCAGGAGCACCAGUCCGCAACUGCCAGCAAGGAGUCGCAAGCCCUCCUUAACCUCAACCUCAAGCUGCAGUCCUCGGCGGCCAAGACCCAGGUCAAGACGCUCGACGUCGAGCUCAAGAAGCUGGAAGCUGCGCAGCUGGCAGACCACUUGAACAUUGUGCAAGCGUACCUACCAGACCCCUACCUCGAGAGCGAAGUGGACUCGACGACCGCGCUGCUGUUCUUCAACCGUGUGGCCGCCAAGAUCGACAUGCUCGCCAACGCCGUCUCGCAGAUGCAUGGGCUCCCCGCUGCCCUCCAGGAUGUCCAUUCAGAGCGUCUUGUGGGUGUCUGUGAGCUGCGUGGCAAGCUGCGCCAGUUCGCGACCCUCAACCGUCGUUUCGCGGCGGUCAUGCGCCGCACCGACCCCGAGGAUUAUGUGUCGUUUGGCCGAGUCGUUCCCGAGGUCGCCGGCGUUGAGGGCAAGGUCGAUGCCUGGAUUGGGCUGGUCAAGUCUGAAGAGUUCAACGAAGGUGACUGCGUGAGAGAACUGGACAGCUUGCUAUCGCAGUUCAACCACCUCGCCGAGGUCGUCUUCCAGAGACCAGGGCUCGAUGCGUGCGAGCACCAGCUGUCGCUGGCGUACACGUUUGAGGACGACCUAGACAACUUUGCGGCGGCGGUCGGUUAUGUGCGCCAUGCGAUCCAGUCCUUCAUCAGCGAAGAUGGUAAGAUGGAGUUCGUUGCAAGGAACGCUGACGUUUCAGACGUUGAAGUGGAUCUUGGAGACUCGACUUUGGAGGAGGCCGUGUACCAGCCAGUGCAGGACGUUCUUGACCAGGUCCGCUCGGUCAAGGUGUCUGCCGGCAAGCUCUCGGCGGUACUGGAGGAGGCAGUCCGCGCACAAGUGGCCCUUCUGCCCGAGUACACCGUGUCGCUGAGCGAGCUGGUCACGUCCAUCUCCAACGCCGUCGACAUCGCCUUGCGGCUGGCUCAGCGUAUCGCGACGCACAUCGGGUCGCUGCGUUCCUCCAAAGGGCAGCUGCGCCUUGCUGAUAUCCAAACCUUUCUCACCGAGGUCACUGCGCCAGUCGGAGCGGCCGAGCUCGCCCCGUGGGACAUUAUCGGCCACUUCAUCACUCGCCUCGUCAUGGACCUCGACAAUGCCCUGCCCAAGUUCCGCAAUGCAGCCAAGUCGGGCCAGACUAUUGACCUCGAAACACCUGCCCCAUGGCUUGCUCGUGUCGUCGCUAUCAAGGAGGCUGCGCAGUACAAUGCCGAAGCCGAGCGAAAGGUGUCACGCCUGUCCGAGGAGCUCAAGGACAUGUUGCGCGAGGUCAAGAUCCGCGAUCAGACCCUGCAAGAAUCUGGCGUCAAGGUCGAGACUCUUGAGCGGCGUCUGGAAGCGUCGCGCAAGCAGGCCGACAUGAUCCUCGAGCUCGAAAACGACAUUGCCAAGGCCAAGAAGCAGGAGAAGGUGUACGAAGACGCGAUUGAGGCGCUGCAGGCAGAGCAGGACUCGCUCGAAGCGGAGAAUGCGCGGCUGCGGAAGAAUGGUGGCGGUGAUGGCACCGCUGCACCGGGCGACGCUCUCGUCGGCGUCAGCGUCAGCGGGGUCGAGGCCGGCCACCUGGUCGACCAGAUCGAGAACCUCAAGAGUGCCCUCCGCUUCCUACGGGCGGAGAACUCCCUGCUCAAGUCCAAAGAUUUGUUCAACGACAUUGCAUCGCUGUCGCCUCUCCGCACGGCCUCGCUGGAGCCGGUUCCCAAGCUCAUCAAGAGCACCGAGAGCGACAGCGAGGACGACGCGGACCUGCCCGUCACGCCGCGCGCCCACACGGGUGUCACGCGUCCCGACGCGCGCUUGGCACUCGACACCGAGUCCAAGAAGCUGCUGAAGGAAGUCGCCAGCUUCACCGCCGUGCCACGCAUCGUCGACAUCUCGGGGCUUGGCGCCAACGGCCCAGCGUGGCGCAGCCGCCGGAACUCGCCCCAGGCGCAACUACGCCGCUUCGCGGCAGACCGGCACGCCCUCGAGCGCAAGGUCGAGAGCCUGGCGGACCGGGUGGCCGCUCUGCGACGCCUGUGA